AUGAGCUACGAGCCGCGGCCAGCAGCCCCCGUCCGAUCCUUGUUGCCAAAGAGGAUCGACGUUGCGCAGCUCACUCCCAACAACCUCGGUCAGCUCCGAAAGCUCAACAGCGUUCUCUUUCCCGUGCAGUACUCGGAACGCUUCUACAAGGAUGUUUUGCAUCCCGACGCGGCCGAGAUCUGCAAGCUGGGCCUCUUCAACGACGUGGCAGUAGGCACCAUUUGCUGUCGCAUCGAGCCGGUCUCGAACGACGUGGUCCGGAUUUACAUCAUGACCCUUGGCGUCCUAGCGCCGUAUCGACGUCUUGGCAUCGCGUCGGCAUUGCUGCAGCACGUCCUCGACCACGUCAGCCCAGGCAAGGAGAUUCAGGUCAUCGACAAAGAUGCUCCCCUACCCAAACCAAAGAAGGACAAGAACGGCAAGGAGAUCAAACCCGAACCUGUCAAGAAGAGCGUCAAGGUCGAUUCCAUUUAUCUGCAUGUACAGACCUCCAACGACGAAGCGCGAAGCUUCUACGAAAAGUUCGGCUUUGCCGUGGCAGAGACAAUAGACAACUAUUACCGCAGGAUUCAGCCUGCAAGCGCUUGGGUCUUGCAGCUUCAGUAA